AAUAUAUAUAAAUAUAGCAUUUUUAUUUUUUUAUUUUUUUGUUAGCUUUUUCUUUCUUUUCUUUUAAUCUUGUUUCAACAUACAAGAGGGAAGAAAUAAUAUGAUUUCUUCUUUUAUUCCAAGAUAUACUAGAACAAAUACAUUUACAUCAAUAUCAACUCUGUUUGGUAAAGGCAUUCAUCAUGCUGCUAAAUUAUCCUCUCGCAAUCCUAUUGAAAUGAUUGCAACUAUUCUCAUUCUUUCUUCAUUCAGUUAUUUCUAUUUAUUUAAUUUGGCUCGUAACACAUCAGAUAUUUUCUCCGGUACUGUUACGCGCCUUUAUCCGACGUUUGUUUAUGCAGAUAACAGGACAGACGACCUUCAUCCUGUUACUCGUAAUCAAAUUUAUCAGUAUAAAGAUGCAGUGAAAGUCCAAUUACGACAAAUUCUUAUUAAAUCAGAAAAUGAUCAACAAAAUGUACUUAAUAGCUUGGAUAGUAUUCUUCAAUUUGAAGAUAACGUUCAGCAUAUGCUCUUGGACGAUCAUAUCGGUCAGUUUAAUUACCAAACUUUAUGUUUUAAAGAUAAAAUGGGUCAAUGCCUUUCUCAAUCUUUAUCUGACAUGUUGGUCAUGAAUGAUAAAAUGAAUCCUGAUAACUUGGAUCAUUUGGAUUCAAAUCAUUCAACUACUGCUUCUUCCGUCUUGUUAUCAUUUGCCUUUAAUGCCUCUACAAAUUAUCGUCAACAAUUGGCUUAUAUUUGGGAACAGAAGGUUUCAACUCUAUCCUCAGAUCAACUUGUUUCACUUUCAACAAAUACUGGGAAACAGCAGGAUAUUUUUACUUGGUUAUUUAUUAUUACAAGAAAUAUUAUUUUUCGUAUCAAGGAAUUAAUUGAGAUGGCUGAUAAUAUUGAUAUUAUUGUCAUUUUGGCAGGCUAUGUCAUGAUGUUAACUACCUUUGUUUCACUAUAUAUGAAUAUGCGUUCAAUGGGCUCUCGAUAUACUCUAGCAACAGCUGUUAUCGUCAAUGGUUUCUUUUCUUUUAUGUUUGCUUUACUGACUGUAAAUGCGUUGGGUGUUGAUGUCUAUCCUGUAGUUUUAGCUGAAUCUAUUCCAUUUUUGGCAGUGACAAUAGGAUUUGAACGCCACUUUAAACUUACAAAAAGAGUCUUUGAAUAUAGCAAAGAAGCACCUCUUACAAAACAAGAGAUUAGAACAACAAUUAUUCGUGCUGUAGAUUCUGUUGCUUUAUCAAUUACAAGAGAUUGUAUUAUGGAAAUUACUGUCCUUAUUAUGGGUGCAAAGUCUGGCAUAUCUGGUUUACGUGAAUUUUGUUUACUUAGUGCCAUUUUGUUAGCUUAUGAUUUUGUCAUCAUGUUCACUUGGUAUACUGCUGUACUUGCACUCAAAUUAGAGCUUUUAAGAAUUCGAGAAAUUAAUGGAAUCACAAAUACAAAGAAUGGAAAGUCAUCUGGUACUGGUUACAUUCGUAGUACGGUAGUCAAGGCAUUUAGUGAUACUACUGCAACAGCAAAUAAUAAUGUCAAAGUGGAGGAGCCUUUAAUUGGAAGGGUUAAAUUAUUAAUGAUUAUUGGUUUUGUAGCCAUGCAACUGUUUAAAGUUUGUACCACCUUCCAAGGAUUUGCAACUACGGGUGGUCCUCAAGUGAGUGUUCAUGAACCAGGUGUAAGUAAUGCGCUUCAUAAGGUCUUGAAUCAACAUCGUGCAUCUCAACUUGGUAAUUUACCUUUGUUAAUUGAAGUGUUUCCUCCUUUACCAUUCCGUUGCAUUUCUUCACCUCAAAUGACUUCCUUUUUAGAUAAUAUUCGCAAACCAUUAUACUAUUUAUUAGAUACUUAUGCUGUUUAUAUUCAACAUCCUGUUAUCUCUAAAUGGAUCACACUUGCAUUGUUCGUCUCCCUCUUUUUAAAUACUUAUCUUUUUAAGGUGGCUAAACAACCUACAAAGGUAACAGCAGCAACAGCAACAGCAACAGCAACAAUAACAACAACAACUACAACUACAACAUCUCCUGAGCCUUCUCCAUCAAAGAUAAAUAAAUCAACACGGACUACUACAGAAAGGAGACUUUCACAUCGACACUCUAAUAUAAUGCGUACAUGGGAGGAAUGUGUGGAGCUUAUUAAGAAACCUGAAACACUCUCUGAUGAGGAAAUCAUUAUGCUUGUUCAAAAGGAUAAAAUGGCUUCUUAUGCUUUAGAAAAGGUACUUGGUGAUCUAGAACGAGCUGUUCGUAUUCGACGUGCUCUUAUCUCACGUGCCUCAAGCACGCAAACACUCGAAACAAGUCUUUUACCUAUUCGCAAUUACCAUUACGAUAAGGUAUUAGGUGCCUGUUGUGAGAAUGUGAUUGGCUAUAUGCCCAUCCCUGUGGGGAUCGCUGGACCCUUACAGAUUGAUGGUGAAUCCUUCCAUAUACCCAUGGCGACAACAGAGGGUUGCUUGAUUGCCUCUACAGCGCGUGGUUGUAAAGCGAUUAAUGCGGGUGGUGGUGCCACGACGAUUUUGACAGCAGAUGGUAUGACGCGCGGACCCUGUGUUGAGUUCCCAUCCAUUGUUCGUGCAGCUAGUUGUAAACAAUUUAUUGAACAAGAGGGGUCUGAACUUUUGAGGGAUGCCUUCAAUUCCACCUCUCGAUUUGCUCGACUUCGAAAAUUAAAGGUAGCAAUCGCUGGUAAAUUAGUCUUUAUUCGUUUUUCAACGACAACGGGGGAUGCUAUGGGAAUGAACAUGAUCUCUAAAGGUUGUGAACGUGCUCUCUCUGUCCUUAGUGAGCAUUUCCCAGACAUGCAAAUCGUUUCACUUUCAGGAAACUAUUGCACAGACAAGAAGCCGGCUGCGAUCAAUUGGAUUGAAGGUAGAGGCAAGUCAGUGGUAGCAGAGGCAGUGAUACCAUCUGAUGUGGUUGAAAAGGUGCUAAAGACGACCGUGAGCGCGAUUGUUGAACUCAACAUCUCUAAAAAUUUAAUUGGAUCCGCCAUGGCGGGCUCCGUAGGUGGCUUUAAUGCACAUGCUGCUAAUAUCUUGACAGCUGUUUAUUUGGCUACAGGACAAGAUCCAGCACAAAAUGUUGAGAGUUCAAAUUGUAUUACACUCAUGAAGGCCGUCGAGGGCGGUCUUCAUAUCUCAUGUGGCAUGCCAAGUAUUGAGGUGGGUACGAUUGGUGGUGGCACGAUCUUGCCUCCACAACAAGCCAUGUUGGAUCUCUUGGGUGUUCGUGGUCCUCAUCCCACUGAACCUGGUAAAAACGCUCAAAGAUUGGCUAGAAUCAUUUGUGCCUCUGUCAUGGCGGGUGAGUUAUCUCUUUGUGCUGCCUUGGCAGCUGGUCAUUUAGUUAAAGCACACAUGGUACAUAAUCGUGGUAGUACUACUACUACUACUACUACUACUGGACCAUGUAUUAAAUCUUGA